AUGGGUUCAAUUAAGCUUCUACUCCUUUUUGUGACUGUCAUGCUUUUGUUUGAGGCUAUCAGUUGUCAUUUUGGGGGUUUUGGUUUCGGUUUUGGUUAUCCAAGACCAGCGAUAAUUGUUGGAGGCUUCCAUGUGGGAGGUGGUGGGUUUUACAGACGGUACCCCAGGAGUAUUACAUGUCAUUGGAUAGGAGGUUAUGGUUACGGUUACCCUCGACCUCCCGUGGUUGUUGGAGGUUUCGGUGGUUUCGGUGUAUUCGGAGGUGGUUUCUACAGACCAUACCCUCACGUGUUCUACCCCCCACCACCACCACCACCAUUCUUCGGUUAA